AUGAAAGACACAUCCAAAGUGAUUAUGGGUGCAACCUUGGUAAUGGUGGUGACCCUUGCGGUGGUCCUAGGCCUUAUACUUGUGCUGCUAGCUGAGCUCUACUGUUCUCUCUUACUCCGCCGUCGCCAGCUCAGAAACAGUAACUCCAACGCAAUUCCCACUGCCACCACUCAAACCACCACAACUAGACCCAAUGCUUCUUCACCUUCACACACACAACACCCCCAACAACUGUACUCUCCUCCUCCUCCGUUCAGUAGCAUUUAUACACAAGGAGUACUCCAAGCUCCCAGAAGCAUCCUUUUACCCGCAGUUUCUUGCAAAGAAGACGUAGCUGAGCCAAAGAAGCAGAAUACUGAGCUUCAUCGGGUUGUUCAAAUCCAAACCCAAGAAUCAAAUGCAAGCCUGUGUAAGGUUCGAGUUCUCUCAGCUUCUUCCCAACCAAAGCCAACUCAUGAAGACUCACUUCCGGGUAGUACCAGUACAACAAGUCUUUGUCCUGAUAAACCUUACAGCGUAGGGGAACACCUUGUGUACAUUUCCAACCCCAUUUAUGAAAACGAUGAGAGCCAAGCCAGUGGAUCAGAUACUCCAUUUGAGACACCAGAUACUUCACCUUCGCGUUUUAUAAGUGGUUCUUCCGAGGAGGAUGACGUGGCUCAGGCAUCCCCUUGUGGUACUCACUCACCUCCAUGUACACCUCCUCUGACUCCAAUGAAGAAGCUCCCUGCAGAGGCUUGUUCUGUUUCUCUUAGAGAUGCAAGGUCCUUGGGAGGCAGUGAUUCCCAUUGCAACAGUGGUAUCUCUUCUUCAUACUCUGGUUCCCCUUGCACUUCUCCUUCAUGGUAAUUGUAAUUCUUCAAUAGCUAAGUUAGACUACU